CUUUCCGCUUCCUGUCUUGUUCUUUUCACCUUCUCUCACUCGUACAUACAGAUACAAAACGUUGGGUAGAAAGAUAGAGAGAGAAAGAAAGAAAGAAAGAAAUCGCCGUGUUUGAUUGUGGGGUGUGUUUCAAUACCCAAAUUUGGUUCGCUAUCGACGGCGGCGCCGGUGGUGGUCCGAUAUACUUUAAAAUGCUUCCAUGGCCAUGAAUUCACUUCAAUCAAUCAUAAUCUCUAUCUUAAUCAUUCUCCAUCUUCUCUCUUUGACCUCUAAUUCCACUCGUCUUCAUAUGAAUCUUUCAAAAACCACCCCCAUCCGAGGUUUAUUAUAUGAAGAGAAAACCAGACUGGGUUCAACGCCGCCGAGCUGUCACAACAAGUGCAACCUCUGCCACCCAUGCAUGGCGGUGCAGGUGCCGACGAUGCCCAGUCACAACCGAGUUAAACCGGUGGACUACUACGAUCAACCUCCGGCGUCCUCAUCGGGAAACAGGAAAAUCAUUUUUGAAACCCUACAAAAUCAUCUGCCGACAUCACAAUUGUUCAGCAUCAUCGACAUCCACAGCUUCUUCGUCUUCCCUAGUCACAGCCGGUGCUCAUGCUUUUAUCGCCGGAAUACGUCCGCACUUGCCUCCGUACACCGACACCACAACCUUCAGACAACAGAUAAGUUGAUCUGUUGCAAAAUUCUAGACAUACCAGUUCAUAAAGCAGCACGUCAAGAUGCUUAUGAGGUUGUUGAUGAGAUUUUAAUGAAAACUAUCAGUUGUUACAAUAUAUCACUACAAAAUAUUUGGCAAUGA